UGAUGCCUUGAAUCCGUCAGGUCAGAGGUCAGGCCGCGCGCCUUCCAUCCUUCUGCUGUUGAGAAUGAGCAGUUUGUAACUAAAAGCAACAGACCGACUCAUGUGCAGGUUUCUCUAAAACAGACAAUUAAAGCUCCAAAGAACAGCAGCUUGUCUGGUUCCUCAUCAGGGAGCACGCGUAUUGUUUCCUUAUCGGUUAGCCUAGCAAGCCCGGUUAGCCACUUUAGCUGACUGGAGAAGAAGCUACUUAGAUAGCUCAAGCGCUAGCUAGCUAACCGAAAACGGAUAUUUCUUACUUUGAGGAGCACGAAAGACUCUCGCAGACAUGCAGGACCUCCUGGCCACCGUGGAUCACCUGAAGUUUGACCUGGAGCUGGCCAUGCAGCAGCAGCUCGGGGCUCAGCCUCUGCCUUUCCCCGGCAUGGACAAAUCCGGGUCUGCUGUGUGUGAGUUCUUCAUGAGAGCAGCUUGUGUGAAAGGUGGGAUGUGUCCGUUCCGUCACAUCAGCGGAGAGAAGACGGUGGUGUGUAAGCACUGGCUCAGAGGACUGUGUAAGAAAGGAGACCAGUGCGAGUUCCUCCACGAAUACGACAUGACCAAGAUGCCCGAAUGCUACUUCUACUCCAAAUUUGGUGAGUGUAGCAACAAAGAGUGUCCCUUCCUGCACAUCGACCCAGAGUCCAAGAUCAAAGACUGUCCCUGGUACGACCGAGGCUUCUGCAAACACGGUCCUGACUGCAGACACAGACACACAAGAAGAGUGAUCUGUAUGAAUUACCUGGUGGGCUUCUGUCCGGAGGGGAAAUCCUGUAAAUUCAUGCACCCUCGUUUUGAGUUGCCUAUGGGAGCCAAUGAACAGCCUCCUCUGUCACAGCAAAUGCAAAACCAGGCAAAGCCGGUUCCCACCAUCGGCCGCUCGUCGCUCUCUCUCAUCCAGCUGACCAACUCCAGUCCCAGCAUGCGCCCGCAGAACCACAUGCCGAUGGGUCCUCCUCCUCAUCAUCAGAACCACAUGGGGGGCAACAGAGGGCCCCGGCCCCUGGACCAGGUCACCUGCUACAAGUGCGGUGAGAAGGGCCACUAUGCCAACAAAUGCACUAAAGGACACCUCGCCUUCCUGAGUGGACAGUAACCUCCGGACCCCCCCCCCCACCC